AUGUCCGCGCCCAAAGUUUGGUUCAUCACGGGCGCAUCCUCCGGGUUCGGCCUCGAGAUGGCGCGGAGCGCGCUCGCGCACGGCGACCGCGUCGUCGCGACGCUCCGCGACCCCGCCGCGCUCUCCGCGUUCGCGACGCGGCACGCGCCCGCCGCGCUCGUCGUCCUCCCGCUCGACGUGACCGCGCCGGGGGCGGUGCGCGCGGCGUUCCGCGCGGCGCUGCAGGCGUUCGGGCGCGUCGACGUCGUGUUCGCGAACGCGGGCGCGGUCGUCGCGGGCGAGGUCGAGAGCGUCGAGGGCGCGCGGGCGCGGGGGAUGUUCGAGACGAACUUCUGGGGUGCGGCGGAGGUGCUGUGCGAGGCGGUGCGCGUGUUCCGGGAGGAGAACGUGCCGCGGGGCGGGAGGCUGAUCGUGAACAGCGCGGGGGCGGGGGUGGUGGGGUACCCGCUCCUUGGCUGGUAUUGCGCGUCGAAGCACGCACUCGAAGGCCUCACGGAGACACUGGCGAAGGAGGUGCACCCGGAUUGGAACAUCAAGAUUACGCUCGUCGAGGCCGGCGCGUUCUCGACCGAGCCCGCGGCGAAGCGGGUGCUCGCGCCGCGGCAUCCGGCGUACACCGACCCGGCGCUGCGGACAUCCGCCGUGCGCGCCGCGUUCGAGGACCCGGCGGCGGCGACCGCGUACCCGCAGUCGGACACGGCGAAGGGCGUAGAGAGACUCUACGCGCUGAGCGAGCUCGCGGCGCCGCCACUGCGCUUGCCGCUUGGACCGGAUGGCGUUGAGUUCGUGCGGGCGCACAUUCGGGAGAUGCAGCGGGACGUGGAGGAGUAUGCGGGGUGGUCGGAGGGCCUGGAAACGGAUACGUAG